AUGUCGAACGGCAAUCUUUCCGUCCUGGUCGUCUGCCUCGGGAACAUCUGCCGCUCGCCCAUAGGGGAGGCCGUCCUGAAGCACGUCGCAAAGGAGCGCGGCGUCGACAUUACCGUCGACUCCGCGGGCACCUCUAACUACCACAUCGGCGAAGAUCCAGACGAUCGCUCUGUCGCGAUAUGCCGCAAGUUCAAGGUCCCGAUCCAGCACGCCGCGCGGCAGGUGCAGUCGGAGGACUUCAGCCGAUUCACGCACAUCCUCGCCGCGGACGAGGCGAACCUGCGCAACCUGGAGCGAGUGCGCCCGCGCGGCGCGACCGCGGAGGUGCGCCUCUGGGGCGCAUACCUUGACGACAAGCCCAUCCCGGAUCCGUACUACGGCGGCGCGAAAGGCUUCGAGGAGGUGUACCAACAGUGUGUGAGGCUCUCCAACGCCUUCCUGGACGACGUUGUCGGGAAGAGCACGCAAGAGGCCGAGUAG